AUGCGGCCCGUCGAGAAUGCCCACGCUGGUCUCGUCGGAGCGGGCAUGCUGUCGAUACCGGCCGGCACCUUGACCUCCCUGGCGGCCAGCAUUGCCAGCGUCGCCACCAGUGCCAGCGGCAGCGCCUCCGGACCCAAAGACUAUGCCCCUCCCGGCUUCGACUCGUCCGUCAUCACCCAGUUCCAUCCGGUGGAGAUUGCCUGCACGGUCACCCUCACGGCCAUGGUCCUUUUUGUCGGCAUCGUCGUCGGCUAUGUCUGGUGGUUCCGGACUUGGCCGCCCUUCAAAACCAAGCAGCUCAACUGGGUCCUCAUCAUGUACUUUGCCACGGUCCUCUUUUCCUACGGGCAUCUGACUUUCCGGUCUGCGUGCUGA